GCCUCCAGCCGCUUGGCGAGGGUCCGGGCUGAGGCGCGGCAGCGGCUGCCGGGCCUGACCCCCGAGCCCGCCCCCUUGCAGCAGGAGCGGGCGAGGCCCAACGCGCCGCGGGGCCGUCGCGCAGCCGCCCCCUUCUUCCUUGGGGAGCUGCCCCGGCGCUGGCGCGGUCUGCCCUCGUGCCCGGCGGGGGCGCCGGCCGCCAUGGCGUCGCUCGAGACCUACGCGCGGCCUUCCGAGCUGCCGAGCCUCACGGUCGCGCAGCUCGCCCCUCCCGCGGGCCGGGAGGGGCCCAGGACCUGCCGGGCCUUCUGCGUCCACGUGGAGGAGCUCGGGCGGCCGUCCGAGACCCGCGAGUUCGACCUCACCGCGCUGCUCGACCUCGAGCGGCACCCGGCGCUGAUCCUAGCGCUGCGCGUGUUCCAGAGACCCCGCGACCGCCAGGAGUGCUUGUUCGACAUCAGCUCCAGACAGUUGCACUGCGCCUUCGCGGGCGCGGCGGAGCGGCCGGGGGUGCCACAGCGCGGGCACUGGCGCAGCUCCUGCAGCGUGGCCCGUUACGACAAGCACGCGCGGGCCCCCCUGCAGCUCGGCGAGCCCCCUGUGGCGUCGCAGGCGGAGAUCGCGGGCGUCGUGGAGCGCGGUGCCAGGCCCUUCCGAGCGCUGCGCCAGGCUCUCGCGCAGCCGCAGCCAGCAUUGCGGCGCGUCUUCUUAGACCUGUUCUCUGGAUCAGGCAGCCUGGCGCGGGCGCUGGCAGCUCGCAACGCGGCAGUCUUGUGCAUCGACAUUGCACAGG